CCCGUGCGUAAGAUCCGGCCUGGGGGAGAGGGAUGAAUGUUAAUUUCAAAGAUGGCGGCGGAGGGAGGAGGGAAGGAGAUGAACGAAAUUAAAACUCAGUUCACCACCCGGGAAGGCGUCUAUAAACUCCUCACUCACUCCGAAUACAGCCGUCCGAACAGAGUGCCUUUCAACUCGCAGGGCUCCAACCCUGUCAGAGUCUCCUUCGUCAACGUCAACGACCAGUCGGGCAACGGCGACAGGAUCUGUUUUAACGUGGGCCGAGAGCUCUACUUCUACAUCUACAAAGGCGUUAGAAAGGCGGCUGACCUGAGUAAGCCCAUUGACAAGCGCAUCUACAAGGGAACCCAGCCCACUUGUCAUGACUUCAACCAUCUCACUGCAACAGCCGAGAGCGUGUCCCUGCUGGUGGGGUUCUCCGCGGGACAAGUGCAGCUCAUCGACCCUAUCAAGAAGGAAACAAGCAAGCUCUUUAACGAAGAGAGACUAAUAGACAAGUCCAGGGUCACAUGUGUGAAGUGGGUACCGGGCUCUGAGAACCUCUUCCUGGUGUCGCACGCCAGUGGGAACAUGUACCUGUACAACGUGGAACACACGUGUGGUACUACGGCGCCCCACUACCAGCUGCUCAAACAGGGUGAGAACUACUCCGUACACACCUGUAAGAGCAAAUCCACACGGAACCCCCUCCUCAAAUGGACAGUCGGCGAGGGCGCCCUUAAUGAAUUUGCCUUCUCGCCGGAUGGCAAGUUCCUUGCAUGCGUCAGCCAGGACGGCUUCCUGCGGGUGUUCAACUUUGACGCUGUGGAGCUCCAUGGCACCAUGAAGAGCUACUUUGGCGGCCUGCUGUGCGUGUGCUGGAGCCCUGAUGGCAAGUAUAUUGUUGCGGGCGGCGAGGACGACCUCGUGACCGUGUGGUCGUUCUUGGAUUGUCGUGUCAUCGCCCGGGGUCACGGCCAUAAGUCGUGGGUGAGCGUGGUGGCGUUUGACCACUACACUACAAGCGUGGAAGAGAGCGACCCGCUGGAGUUCAGUGGCAGCGACGAGGACUUCCAGGAUCAGAUGAUCAACUUUGGCCGGGACCGGGCCAACAGCACGCAGUCGCGCCUCUCUAAGCGCAACUCCACGGACAGCCGGCCUGUCAGCGUCACGUACCGCUUCGGCUCAGUGGGCCAGGACACUCAACUGUGCCUGUGGGAUCUCACUGAGGACAUCCUUUUUCCUCAUCUUCCACUCUCACGGACACGGACGCACACUAACGUGAUGAACGCUACCAGCCCGCCGGCAGGGGCCACCGUACUCGCCAACACCUCUAGUAACGUUACCAAUGGAAACAACAGCGGUGCCAGUACACCUGGCGUGAACUCUGUCUCUACUACAUUACCACGCUCUAACAGCCUGCCCCAUUCCACCAGCGCCACCCCCGCCUACCGCCGCCACCACAAUAACAACAACAGCAACAAACAACAGCAACAAGGUGGGAGCGGCGGUGGCAGCAUCAUGGACAGCGCCAUCGCCACGGGCGUGAGCAAGUUUGCCACGCUCUCACUCCACGACCGUAAGGAGCGUCACCACGAGAAGGACCACAAGCGCAACCACAGCAUGGGACACAUCAGCAGCAAGAGCAGCGACAAGCUCAACCUGCUGACAAAGAGCAAAACGGACGCCGCCAAGACGCUGGGCACGCUGCUGUGCCCGCGCAUGGAGGAUGUGCCACUGCUCGAGCCCCUAAUCUGUAAAAAGAUAGCACACGAGCGACUGACUGUACUCAUAUUUUUAGAGGACUGUUUAGUGACUGCUUGUCAGGAGGGAUUUAUUUGCACAUGGGCACGGCCAGGCAAAGUGGGUUUAUUGUCCUCCCAAAACCAAGCCAGCUCUCCCAGCGGAACAGUAGUAUAGCCACAAUAUUUUCUGCUGCUAAAGAAAACCCUGCAAGCCACAGUCUGAUGCUGCUCUUCACCCCUGCAAGCAUUGCAAGUUUUUCCUUUCCUUUUUCUAUUUUUUUUAAUUUAUUCUUUUUUCAAAAAAUCCCCCUUCCUCUUCUUUUGUUAACAGCUUUUUUGUCUUAUCACUCACUCGACCUUAGAAGAAUGCACCAAAAGAUAACUGUUGUUUUACUCAUUUUAGAUAGUUAUUUUUUCUUAAUUGUAUUUCUGUAUAAAGAUAAAGCUAAGAUACAAAGCAGACACAUUGGAUAGUUUCAUAACACAUGUAACCUUUUUAAAAAAGAAAAACAACUACUGUUGUAGCAUAGACUCUGCUCAGGGUUACUUGCUUAUUAACAUGUAGUGAAGCUAUCUUCUUUUCAUGUGGGAAUGUUGCAUUCCUUAAUUGUCAUCAGUUAAAAAUACCCGUUUUUUUGCACUGAUUUAAAAAAAAAAAAAAAUUCUCUAUUGGAACAACAAAAAAGAGGACCGCUUGCCUUGUUGCACUUGGCAACGUCCUCAUUUCCCUCCCUAAAAAAUCUGAAAAACUAUAUGCUGCAAUCAUCAUAGUCUUUUUAAAAGAGAGCGUUUGCACUUCACUGAGUUUGAAGAAAAAAAAUGGCUUUACGUGUUUUUGGUGUGCUCACAACUCGCAGAUGGCUAAUACAGCAGAAAAGUAUGAAAUCCUUCUAUCUAUUGAGCAUUUAUUUUAAUAUUUUUUUCCAGAUUGAAAUCUGCUUUGUAUCAUUCUGUGUAUAUUGUAAUUAACAGAUUUGAUGAGGGGGGGUUGGGGGGCGGGGGGGUGUCAGAGCA